CUAGUGUAGAUGCUAAGACUUCUGGAACGCCAUCGCAAAUGAUGAGUCUGUUCAUUGUGUUCAGCUGCGCAGCUGUGCGCUUCUUUCAAACGCCGCUUUGUGCUUUCCGUGUACACCUGCAUAUCUUGCACCCGGUUCGUUCAACGUGCCAAGCACCGAUGGUCACUUCGAAUAUAUGCUGGUAGCACCAGAGAAGGACACCUCCGAAACAAUGAGCUCACGCACAAGUGAAAACGUCUCCACGAACGACGCAAGCAUAGAAUAUGACUCGGAGAACUCCAGUUUUUCGGUGAAGUUGCAGGGCCAGCAGGAUGAUGAGGACAGGGCUGGCGAAGUGAGCGACCUGUCUGAAAAUAACACUCGAGACGUUAGUGACGCGGCUGCGUCAUGUCGUCGCCACUGCUACGUCCGUGACGAGAGCGGGACGUGCACUGCGCCUGCCUCGAAACCACAUCGAGAAUUUCGAUACGGCACGGAAGCCGACCAUCCGUCGCAUCCUGGUGAAAACUGUCCCGAAGAGCCCGGAGCUUGGCAGGAAGAAGAACUACCUCUUCUGGGCUCUAAAUGUUCCCACAGGAAGAGCGACUGCAAAAGACGCUCUAAACGAACCCCAAAUCGAGAGCUAGCUACAUUUGCGUCCGAUUCAAGCCGCAGUGACGAAGACACCAGAGAUUCCUUGGAGAACUCCGACUACGGACGGAGCAGUGGCGGCGAGAGAGCUUGCAGGCAGACAGACGAAAACACUGAACGGAAACUGGCGAUGGCGGCUUCUGCCGCAGAGAGCAGUGAAGAAGAAGACACGAGGGAUGCAUUUGAAGGCACCAGCUGCAACGGCGAGACAAGAGCUUCGAGAGAAGAGGAGGACUCGAACGCGUCGGACGAAGACUUCAACAUCGCGUUCAUACGCGAGCCCCGAAAAAAGUACAGGUCCUACAAUGGGAUCCCGCUGAUCUUCAAGAAAUUGGACAACACGCCGCCUUCCUUCUCGGAGGUUUGCCUGUGUUGCGCUGAACAGCACAUUGCUGCAGCGACCCAGGAGGCGCCGCUGAGCCUAGAAGUCACCAGGAGAGGCUUCCUGAGGGUCACUGUGGAGACUACGACGGCAGCUAGUAUUCUGCAGGACCUGGACAACCUGGGUGAGCUGCCCGUGGAGGUGGUCUUGCCCCGGGGCUACUCGGACAACGUGGCCAAGAUCGCCAACGUUCCGCUCACCUACACCGACUCGCAGAUCCGCAUGUUCUUCGCGCCCGCCGGUGUGGUGGCCGCCAAGCGACAGGUCGCUUACCGGACCCAGCCGGACGGUUCCGUCAGGACCAUUCCGCGGGACAGCGUCAUCCUCACUUUCAGGCCGGAGCGGGAGAUCCCGGUGCGGAUCCGGCCCGCCGUCGACCACGCCGAGGCGCUGGACUAUCGGUACUUUCCCGUCCGGCUGCACGUGACCGCGCCGACGCAGUGCUACAACUGCUUCCGCUACGGCCACAUGGCCAAGCACUGCCGCAGGCGCGUGCGCUGCAAGGUGUGCGCGGGCAACCACUCCUACAAGGAGUGCGUGUCCCGGGGCGAGCAGCGGUGCGGCAACUGCGAUGGCCCCCACGCGGCCACGUUUGGCAGGUGCCCCGUGCGACUGGCCGCGGUGCGCGACAAGCGAUGCGCACUCAGGUUCGACCGCAGACCGAGAGAUGGGAACUGCUACUGAGCGAAACGAAACAAUAGGAAGUUUUUUCUUUCUUUUUUGAAAAUAGAGGACUUUUGAAAAUAGAGGAAGUUGGGCGGACGCUAUGGGUGUGGACGUACAAGAUAGUGUAAAAAAAAGAAUACAAAAGAACUAAUAGUUUGUGCUCUGCUGUACGCUGAUAUGGCAACGUCGUCGUCUCUCCUAGCUCUUAUUUGCUUUGAGACAAUUAAACCCCCAUCGCGAUCC